AUGUGCGAGAAACGAGUGCUGAUUGUUGGAGGCACAGGCUACUUAGGCCAGCACCUCUUGCAAUCCUUCACUGAGAUCCAACAAAGAUCUCCAUAUACUCUUGCAUUUACCCACCAUACUAAUCCCCCUCCUCAGCAACUAAUCCGUGCCAUUCCUCACGCUCUUCCUUUCCAAGUCGAUUUGCGCACCGGCCAUGGCCUCCAUGCCGUCACCCAAACAUUGGGCCAGCCUGAUGUGGUGGUUAAUUGUGCUGCUCUUUCCGUCCCUCGCGCCUGCGAGAUGGAUCCUGCAGCUGCCAUGUCUAUUAAUAUUCCUACUGCUCUUAUAAAAUGGCUAUCAAGCUUUAGUGGGAAAAAUACUCUUCUGAUUCAUUUAUCAACUGAUCAAGUUUAUGAAGGGACGAAGCCCUUCUAUAAGGAAGAAGAUGAAACUGUUCCAGUGAAUGUUUAUGGGAAGUCUAAAGUGGCUGCAGAGCAGUUUGUAUAUGCAAACUGCUCAAACUUUGCAAUUUUGAGAAGCAGUAUAAUCUAUGGACCACAAACUAUCUCACCUGUUCCAAAGUCACUUCCAAUUCAGUGGAUGGAUAGCGCUCUUUCUAAGGGGGAGCCACUAGAUUUCUUUCAUGACGAGUUUCGUUGCCCUGUCUAUGUGAAGGAUCUUGUCACUGUCAUACGGACACUGACUGACCGAUGGAUUGCAGAGGGUAAGCAAAUGCAGUUGCUUCUAAAUGUUGGCGGCCCAGAUAGGGUAUCCCGGGUUCAAAUGGCUGAGGCUGUUGCCCAUGCUAGAAAUUAUAACAUGUCGUUGAUCACACCAGUCUCUGCAGCAUCUGUUGAUCGAGGCGUCAAAUCCCCUACUGAUAUUUCCAUGGAUAUCACUAAGCUGAUUCAGACGCUGCAUAUUUCUCCAAUUUCAUACGCAAAAGGUGUCAGGUUGACACUUGAUGCUGAAUCCAGUUCAUGA